AUGAAUCCGCGAGCUGCGCUGGGGCUGUCCUCUGUGGCAAGCCCCAGAUCUCAGCUCUACCGCUUGUCGCCCGCAGUGUCCCCCCAACCCCCGUUCGCCUUGUCCCAUAGUGGGCAGCCACGGUCGGCUCCGAGCUUGGCCCCGGUGCCUGCGGCAGGUGCGGCAGCUCACCCCCAAAGCCUGCCCUUAUGCCCCGGCUCCUCUGCCCUGUCUGUUGUCAGCCCCCACCGGUUGCCAUGCGGCCCCCAGACCUGCCCGCGGCUCCCCUCACACGACGAGUCCUUGGGCACGGCUGGACUCCUUUACUCCAUUCCCAGCUGCCCUUCAUCUGUGGUCGCCCCCAGACCCUUCUCAGAGACUUGGAGCUCCAUCUGGUCCGGACUAACCCCUUGGGGUACUAAAAAACACAAGAAGCAGACUCCCCAGUUCUCCCAAGUAUACGCUGGGAAAAGUUUCUGGGGUCCCUGCGGCCCCUUUCCACCCCAUCGGCGCGACUCUAACUCACCGACCCCCGCGGCCUCGCAGCGCCGACGCUCCCGCUGGCCCGCGGCCCGAGUCACAUCUCCGCAGCGCGGCAGCGGCCCCCGCCCCGCGCGCGCCCGCCUGCCGGCCCGGCCUCACUGCAUCACGGUGGAAAGCCGCCGCCGCGCGAGGCGCCCCCUGGCCCGGCUGCCGCCGCUGCAGCCGCCGCGCCCCGCCCCCGCCCCCUCCAGUCCCGCCCCCGCUCCGGCCGACGGAGCGUUUGGCGCAGAGCUAAUUGCGCGCACUCACAGCCUCUGGUUCCUAGUUUCCGGCCCGAAGCCCUGGGAAGAUCCCGCUCCCGUGUCCCAGUUUCGGGGACACUCCCACCACAUCGACAGUGCUCCCACAAGCAGUCCAGACCCUCUGGACGCACCCCCAGAUUGA